GGCGAAUAUAUCGCGUGUGAGAUCAAUAAAGGGUGGUCGGUCGGUCGUUCUGUCGGUCGGUUGGUGGGGCCGAGUGAGUGCUGCGCUCGGUGGUGCCCUUGGCGGCCGCGCUGGCUGCUGCCUCACCGACGAUGUAGGAGCACCCUCGGCAGGCUGUGUCCAACCUGCGGCCAUGGGCAAUGGCAUGAACAAGGUCCUUCCCGGACUGUACGUGGGCAACUACCGGGACUCAAAGGACGCCGCUCAACUAGAAAGGUUUGAAAUCACGCACAUAGUCGCGAUCCACGACGCGGCUCGCAAGCUUCAUCCAGACAAACACUACCUCUGUGUGCUGGCCUCGGACUCGCCGGGCCAGAAUCUGUCCCAAUUCUUUCCUUUGUGUAAUGACUUCAUUCACGCGGCUCGUCUCAGGGGCGGCAGCGUCCUCAUUCACUGCCUUGCCGGGAUGUCGCGCAGCGUGACGGUUGCGGUCGCCUACAUCAUGUCCGUCACAAAUUUGGGCUGGAAGGAGGCGCUCAAGGUGGUCAAAGUCGGCAGGGCGGUGGCCAACCCCAACCUCGGCUUCCAAAGGCAGCUAGACGAGUUUGAAGCUUUCAAGUUGGUUGAGGAGCGCCGGAGACUGCAAGAGCGAUUCCCGAGUUUGGCGCUGGCGCCGUCGGACCAGGCCCAGUGCCAAAGAAUGUUGUUGAACUAUCAGAGCAUGAUAAUCUCGAGGGAUCUUUGCGAGGGCAGAUGCUCCCUAGGCCAAGUGUGCCCGACUGGAACGUGCAGGGUCGCCUCCAAGAGGUCUCCACGUCGAAAGGCGUCGUUGAAGACGCCGCCACCGUCCGGCAACUCGUCGCCCCGAAUGCUUCCAGCCACUCCGUCGGCGGGGCGGCACCGGUUCGUGACGCCGUGCUCGGCGCCGGCGUCGCGCUGCAACUCGCGGGUCGACCUGUCGCAGCUGCAGGACGACGGGCCGUCGACGUCGGAGCCUGGGCCGGGGCCGUCGGGCGGGCUCCACCGCGUCGGCUCGUUCAGCAACGGCGGCCCGGUGCCGACGGGCAACCGCUUCGGCAACCCGGCGCGGCCGCUGCGGCACAUGGCCUCCACGCAGUCGCUGGUGGCGCGCGCCGACUCGCUCAGGGGCGGCCCGUCCCUGCAGUCCCUCAACCCUGACUUCGUCGUCACACCGCCGAGCACCCCCAGGCCGCGCGUCAGGCGCUCCUAGCCUUCCUUCUCGCCUCCCUUUCCGCGGCAUGAAUUUUGAACGGCGAACGCGUGUCGAUGAAAUUAUUGUCGAGCUGGCACGGACGCAUUUCAAGGAUAAUUAUAAUCAUUGCUCAAUUAAGUGUUUUAAAUUGGCGGGGAUUAAAUAAUGAAAACUUGAUUAUUGAUGAAUUCGUCAAGAUUACAGUAGAUUUUAACUUUUCUGACACACAUCAAGCGGGCUGUGAAGUUUAGAUUAUUUAUUUAUUCAGGAAAUAGUCUUCUCCGUUCCAGCAAAGGACAAAUUUAAUAUAAAAAAAUCGAUUUUUUGUUAUUGCCUUAUUCAUAUUUUCAGGCUUCAUAUUUCUUUAUAGAUUAUCGUUGUUAGCGUAAAUAAGUAUCUGAUAUAUGAGAAAAUAUUAUGUUGUUUUAACUAUCUAAAACUGACUAUUAUUAAUUUACUUCCAAAAAAUUUGAUUCAAUGAAAUCGCUAGGCAUUUUACUUCUAUUUCUGGUUUGUGCGAGAAAUAAUUAAGUAAUUUCAAUUAAUUUGAAACAAUUUCAAACUGUUUUCGUGCUUGCCAAAACCUUAUUUUGAUCCCAGCAUUAAAACAAAAUUUUAGGUUUAAAUUGCCCAUGUAGUUAUUUAGUUUUAGAAUUACAUUUGGCGAAAAUUAACUUUUAUAACAGUAAAAGUAAACAAUCUUUUAAUCAGCGGGGGCCAGAUGUGCGACAAAAUUGGUUCGCACUGCGCAGAUCCAAGAUGGCCGACGUCUGAAUGUGGGAAACAAAGAGCUCUCUUUGGAUUGCCGUACGAGUGUCAAGAGUUUGUUUUUACGAUCCAAAAGACACAAUUUGUACAAGUAGCGCAAAUUAUUCGUCACAAUAUUGACCAAAACUUGGCUCUUUUCGCGCAUUUUCACGUGACCGCGCCAUACUCCAACGGACGCCAUUACUGCGCGUCGCAAGAAUCUGGACCCCGCUGCUUUUAAUAAAAAACAAGAGCAGAUGUAGUCUGUUAAUUCAAAAUUCGGCUAAAAUUCACAACACUAUGCGUAGCUAUAAUUUAAAAAUAUAUUAUACUAAUUUUGUUCUUCCCGUGCCGACUGAGGAAGAUUGAAAAUGAAAAAUCGGUAAGUCCAAAUUUCACAGCCUUAGACAGACAUAUCACACUAAUUUUGUCGCAAGUUUAAACUACAAGGACAAAUAAGUGAAGAAUUUUUAGUAACUGUUAUUUGGUUCUUAUCUAUAUUUUCUCAGACACGAAGAUAUGAAAAUUAUGUUUUCAUUCUUCCUGGUGCAGCAAAAUUUCCAUUAGAAAUUAAUUUUCAGCUUGGAACAAUUUAUCGUUCCAAGAGAUUUUCUCAAAAGCAAAAUUUGCCGUUUGAAAGAAAAAAACCUUGACGAAACCCAUCAGAAAAGCAACAGUUUUCCCCUUUCUCACCUAUAUAGUUCCUUGGAAACGACUAAGCUGCGCCUCUCGAAAGCACCAUCAUGUUCGAGCUUAUAUAAGUUUGCACAAGCGGCAAAAAAUAAUAGUCGGGUCAGAGGAGCCUGUUAAACAAGCAAUUUUAAUGGCUCGUUCUGAGGCGCGGAAUAAUCCCCGCGGUGCCGUGUCUUCUUGAAAACGCUCGUGAAAGUUUAAUUACAGACAGAUGAGAGAGAGGCAUCUCGCUUUUAUGCAACACACUCUGCUUUUGGCAUGAGAUUCCGAGAAAUUAAACACGUUCGCCGUUCACGUUCGCCCGCUUUGACAAAAACCAAAUAUUGCUGGUUGACACUUUUGUACCUUUCAAUCAUAUAAACUUGUGUGCGUGAAAAAGCAGUAUUUAUAUUGUACACAUUUCUAAUAACUUGGGUCAAAUUCAAACUAUGUAUUCAUUCAGUCUCUCGUAGCACAAGAUAUAUAUACAUUAAAAAUCAGGAUUUUUAAAAUAAUCUCGUUAAUAGAAUAUAGAACUGAAUUGUUUAUGAAAAAUUAAGCAGCUUUAAAAUUGUGAUGAGAUUUCUUUUUGUGAGUGUUUCAAAGCUUUAAAAUCAGAAAAUGGAGCUAGCUUUGUUCUAGUGUUAUUGAAAAUUGAGAGCUUCUAAGAAGCUGAAAUCAGCCACGAAAAGAAAUUUUAACACGACGUUUCAGCAAUUGACUAACCUAACUGAAAUGAUUGAUUUGAAUAGUUACCAAAAUUAUAUUUUGUGCUACUUGGGGUAUAUUAUAUAUAUUUGAUAUAUUAUAUUCGCAGAGUUUAAUUGUUAUAGCUGAAAGUACUCACAUAAUCAAACUCUUAAUUUUUACCUUUGGGCUGCGGAUACUCGGCUUUAUUAAAUUGCGCAUUUUGCAAUUUUGUGAUAACUCGCAGCGGAGAUUAUAUACAUUAUUAACGCUUGAAGUGGAGCACGAUGAAGGUUCCAGCCCAAAGAGAAACGCGUGUUUGUUUUUUCUCGUUUUGCCGAGUUGCAAUAUAAAAAAGCUGAUUAAUAAGAUAGUCUGAAACUCGCUUAUCUACAAUUUAUAGUCUGCAGAAAAAAUGCUGUUCACUAAAAUUAUAGCUUUAUAAAAAUCGAACGACGUGUGUACUGCGUAGAUCGAAAUGCAUGCGCAACGCAGCUGGCUGCUCGAAAUGCAUUUCCUAGCUUUAGCGGAAAACCGAAAUAGAGAGAUCGAGAAAGAAAUAAAAGGCAUUUGCCCGCACGACCCGAGCUCCUGUCCUGAAUAGAGCACAAAUGAAAAAUAUACGAUCAGUUUUGUGCGCUUCACUGGAUUUGGGUCAGCAAACAGCGAAAAAUGGAACCCCUGUCAACAAAAUUGAUUUUUUUCCCCAUUUUAUAUACGUGAGCGCGGGGUUGUCUGUUGUGCGAACCAACAAUAACUUUUGUCCAAAUACAGGCUGUGCUUGGAUUUGGCGGGGCUAAAAAACCGAAAGGCGAGAGAGAAGCACACGGCUCGUCUGCUGUUGUUUCAAUCUCUGAAAGGAAAGGGUUUGUGAUGAAAGCACGAGAAAAUCAUUGCACAUACACACACACACACUGUACUUGCUGGUACAAAAAGUCGAGAUUGGCACACGUGGCAUCGUGGAUGGAUGAGUUUCAUUUCGCUUUUUAAUAUUAUAUUAUUAAAUAAAAUCAUCUUGUGGAUGAGUCUCAACUAAUUAUAUUUCAUGUGUAACCCACGUAACGAUGGAUUGUACUAUUAAUUUUAAGAGCUCGUGCAACCUGUAAACGUUUAAAUCGCGAAAGCCGAAUUUAGAUUUGUGACCAAUCAUGCCCUGAAAAAGUGUAUUGAAAAUUAAACCUGCCUCAACUGUCAGAUUUUUAAUAUGGGAAAAUGUUCUAGUGAAUGAUGUAACCUUCUCGUAUCUUGUAACCUGCUGAAUAAUUAGCACAGGAGUGGAGUCACGUGUUUAGUUCCGAAACCUUAAUUUUAAAUUAUAAAUGAAGUUGCUGAUUGCACAAUGUGUGGUUGCAUCGACACAAACUUUACUGUUUGCGUUGGUGCAAUUUUGAUGCCAAGACUGAAGUGUGGCAACUCGCUCUGUAGUUGAAUUGAACGCGAAUAAUUAAUAAGAACAAUAAUUGCAGAAUGUAACCGCACUUCUGUCGAAUUUCCAGUUUUCACACCCACUGUUUGUUUUUUAAUUGAUAAAUGAAAAAGAAAGAAAUGCACACGCAGGGAAUUUUAUGAAAAUUAAAUUUAUCUAAUGGAUUUGCUAAAGAUGAAAUUUUUAAAGGAAUAAAUAAUCAAGUAACACACAUAAUGUGCUGUACAGCGGCUGUGUCAGUCCCUCGCAAGUUGAACUUACCUCCAAAACAGACACAAAAAAAUUGUUAGACAGCAUACUAGCUGCAAAACUUCUAAAUCAGCGAAAAACAAUUAUAUUUAACAAUCCACCUGGAGUAAAUCCACAAUCCACGCAGAGCUGACUAGGAAACUCUUUGGAUUCAACGCUUUUGUAGUUAGCGAAAUUAUUAAAAUUGUAUAAUUUUAGCAAUUUUAUUAUAAUAUUAUCUAACCAAUGAGAGAUAUUUUUUAUUUGACGAAGUUUGCGGGUUAUGCAGCUCGAAAGGUUAAAAAACCUUCAUGGGAUUUAGCAUUGGAAAUAAUUCAAAAUCGAUUUUAGAAACCAUUAGUUCUCAUUCAAACCAGGUUAUGUAGCUCCGUUUUGGUCGUUUAGAAAAAUACUAGAAAAUUUUUUUACUCCAUUUUAAUUAUCAUAUUUUUUGGAACAAAAGCUCUGCAAUUAAGUUUUGGUCUGCAUUAUGUAAAAACAGGACAUUUAAUCAGCUUUCAGAGAAAGUUCAUAGCUUUUGCUCUGCGGUUAACCAUUAAAACUUACAAAGCCUAGAAAAACCCAUGUGGGAAAUAUUUAAUUUUUUCUGGAACGUCAAAAUAUAAACCACAAAACGAUAAUACUAAUUGAACCAAAUAAUUUCUGCUAAAUUGAGAGAAUACUGUAUUUUAAAAUUGCUUAAAUCGUCAAAUCGAAAAAUUUCCAUCGCUGUUUGAAAUUCAUUUUGAAUCCUAACAAUAAGAGUUACCUUGAGCCAUUCAGUAAAUUUAAUUUCAUAAUUUCACUAAGGUGCAUUUCACACGAACAAGAAUUAGGAUUUUCGACAUGUGACGCCUCUUGUUAGAUAUUAAAUUUACGACUCUGCUCCAACUUUGUAAAAUUUUCUGUUAUAAUUUAAUGCCCUUUCGUCGUUCAUCUUUACAAUAAUUUUUUUUUUUAUUUACUGCACUCAGCACGCGAGAUUUAAAUGUGCUUGUGACGUUUGCCAACGUUGCUGCCUCCUUUUAGACAAACAAGUUUCCAUAAAAAAAUAUGGGGAACGGAGGUUGGCUAAUCCUUGCACGAAAGUACCAGCGAAGACAUUUAUUUCUGAGAAAAGCAAGCAAAAAAAUCACUUCUUGCCAAAACAGAAAUGCUUUUGCUAGAAUGCAAGUCACCAUGAAUUGUGUUCCUCAUUGUCCGUGUUCUGGUGUGUUUAAUUUCACAAUACAUGAAAAGCUCAAUUCACAAUUUCUCUGAUUUUGGCCUUUAUUGAAGAAAACCAAUUGGAGAAAUCGUAAGGUUAAGGUCUACUCGCUGACGGUAUGCAGAUGUACAGAAAGAUUAAAAUGAGAUGAACGGAAAUCAAAUAUUUUUAGAAUGCUUCGAGGAUGGAAACACUGCAAUAAUAUUGCCUGUUGACAUUUGUAGGUGAACGGUAGCAGACUUUCACCAAAAAGUAUUGAAUAAUGAAUAAAAAUGCAUUCAUACCGUGUGCAAAAAACACAA